AUGGAAGAAGUUAUUUUAGUGCUACUGCACACAUUUCAAGGAACUGGAGAUGGCACAACAGAAGCAGUUACUGAAUCAACACAAUAUAUUCAAUCAAAAAUAUCUUCAGAAGAAGCACACAGCUUUUAUCAAAAUUUAUUAACAAUAAUAAUAGAUUCACAGAGCAAUUCAUCAAUUAAAUUAGCUGCACUCAAUGUGUUAAUUCAAGGUGAAAGAAAUUACCCAGACUAUUUCCCUUAUGAUUUAAUACUUUCAUCAAUAAUACAACUUCUUCAAGCAACCACAUCAGAAUUACGAUCAUCAGUUUCAUUUUUACUCGAUUCUGUUGUUUCACAUACAAUAUUUACAGAUUUAUUUGGUAAUCCAAUUGAAAUUUUAUCAACAUUAUUCGAACAGGAUCUCAUUGGAGCCUUAAUCUUAUCUAAUUCCAUAUCAGAUGCAUUUGCGCAUGUGAAUGACGAACAAUUACAAGUUUAUCAAGAAAUAUCAAACUAUUUAUUAACUAUUUUAUCACAAAUUCUUGAACAGAGAUCAUAUUUGUAUUCAGCAUACUGUCUUUCUACAGGAUUCAAUUUCAUGAAGUCCAAAGUUCCAUCAUUUUUCGGAGAUAAUCCUGAAAAUCUUUCAAUUUGGUUACAUUAUGCAUUAGAAUGCCAAAAUGUAUCAGAAGAUAACGAUUACAACUUAUUUACGCAAAAAGCUUUGAAAUUUAUAAACCAAAUUUUAUAUAAAUCUUCAGGAAACUAUCCAACAUUAGAACUCAUCCCAGAAGAUGGAUAUGACAUCUUUGAUUGUGCUGCUGCUCUCACAACCUUCCAAAAUCCACCAGAGACACAAUCAAUUUUGUCAGAAACAGUCGACCAAAUGAUCACAAAUAAACACACUUGGAACAUGAUGUCCUGCCAAAUGGAGACAGUUGUUCAAUACGUUUUCAUGCCUUUCUUCACUUUAACUGUUGAAGAAAUUGAAUACUUGAAAAGUGACAAAACUGCCGCCAAUUUUAUUUCAUCAGUUUUUACAACUCCUUUGAAUUCUAGUGAUCCAAGAAUGUAUCUACAUGGAAAGAUUAAUUUGCACUGCAGAGAUGAAAAUAAAAGUAAAAUAAUCGGCGAAGCGGUUUCGACGGUUUUGACAUCGUUAUAUAAUAUAUAUGCAGAAAGUUCUGAAACAAUUGAUGACAUGAUUUACACGUUCUUUUCAUCUCUUCUGUUCUUUUCUUCCGUUGGUUAUUCAAUGGCUAGAAAUAACCAAGAAUUGGCAAAUUCUAUGUUGUCACUUUUUGUAAAUUUACUUGAAAAUUCUGACAAUUUGCUACUUAAGAUUGGAUCUUUAGUAGCAAUAGAUAGUUUCUCAAUAGAACUUCCUGAUUCUGUCAUAACGGUUUUCUUAUCGUUCUUGGCCGAUGAAAACUGCCAACUUUUACUGAGAUACUUCAGUUGCCAGUGUUUUUCAAAUUCGAUUUCUUUAGUUUCAGAAGAAAGCGACCUCAAAAACGCCGUUAUUAGUGAAAUAGACACAAUUUUGAAGAGUUUUGUUAGUUUGGCAGAUUCUUUCAAUGAUAUUGAAUUUUUCAGAGGUCUCUCAAAAUUUGUGAAAUGUUUUGGCAAAGUUUUAUCACAAGAUGACAAUGUUACACAACUUUUAUUAGAAAUAUACAUAAUUAACUUUGAUCACAAUCGUCCAGAAAAGUCGAACGCAGCUCUUUCAGCUUUAUCAUGUUUAUUACCUUAUUUACAAAACCAGACACAAAUUGAGUUGUUACAAACUGUUUGUAAUUCAGCAGUUGAAAAUUCAUUGAUAUCAAAUGAAUUACUUGAUUUCACAGCAAACUUAAUAGCAUUACAACAAACAAUAACUGAUGAAAUAUGGACAUCAAUAAAAGCAUUAACAGAAGUAGUUUUAAAUGGAACAGAAUAUUCUCAACCUUUAUAUUUCUUGUCUUCAUUUUCUAUCGUUCUCAAAAACUUGAUAAUCAAAACAUCAUCGAAUAUAGAAAGUUACUGGGAUUUCCUAUGGGAUCUCAUCAAUUUUUUGCUUGAGAAUUCUAUGAACACACAAGAUUCAAAUGUUGUAAAUCCAACUUUACAAAUUUCCUUUACAAUUUGUAAUGUUCUGAAAAAUAAUUUACCAGAGAAUGUCAUUGGAAUCUUUUCACAGAUAUGCGAGCAGUUAAUGAAUGAUAACAGAUACUUUAGUUAUGUUUCUAUUUUGUAUUCUUCAUUGAUUAUCUCUACAAAAGGAAAUAUAAUCAAUCAAGAAAUGUUUAAUUAUUGGAUUGAGAAUUCUUCUUAUUUUGAGUUGAUUGUUGUAUUACUUAACUGUCCAGAAGUAUAUGGAGAUAAUUAUUUCUCAGUAAUUUGUAAAAUUUUGACACAAAUUACCGAAGAUAUUUCAAGACCUUUGUUCGGAGACGAAGAGGCCUAUUAUCAAAACAUAUCUCCAACAGAAUUUACUGUUAAUGAGUUAUCUUUCUAUAAAGAACAUGUUGUUAUGAAAGAUUUUGCAAAUUUACUUAAGAAUUUGCCAGAAGAACAGAGAAAUGUAAUACAAGCAGAAGUUUGCCAGAAAGAUGUUAAUGAUAUCGCUAAGGAAAUUACUAAUUUCUUUGAUGCAAAAACAAAUUUAUAA